UCUGAGUAAUCAAAAUCUUGUUUCCUUUUUGUUUCUCUUCUUGUUUCUUUCUUACAUACUUUAGCUUCUCUCUUUUCUUUCUCUCAAAAACUUGCAACCCCACAAAAGCUAAAAAGGGUACUGAGGUACUGAACUGAAGCUCCUCAUAUUACCCUUCAUUUCAGGCGGAUAAACCGGUGGUUUUUUCACAGAUCCAAACUUUAGCUAAUCUUUUUUGAGGGUGUUGGUUAGUUUUGAGUGAUGCUGAUCUGUGUAGCCAUUUGAAUCUGUAGAUUGUUUGCUGGUGGCAAUAUGGUUGUGUAAAGGAGAGAAUCAAGAAUUGAAAUGGAGGAAGGAUUCGAGUUUAGGCCGUGGGAUGAAUUGUUACCCGAUGCACUUGGGCUAAUAUUUAGAAACCUUUCUCUUCAAGAGGUGCUAACUGUAGUUCCAAGGGUUUGCAAGUCAUGGGGAAAAGCAGUAAAGGGACCUUAUUGUUGGCAAGAGAUUGACAUUGAGGAAUGGAGCAAAAAUCGCUGCCCUGAAAACCUUGAUCGGAUGCUUCGCUUGCUUAUUCCAAGAAGCUGUGGUUCCCUUCGUAAACUCUGUGUCUCUGGUCUCUCGGACAAAUCGAGCUUUGAAUUCAUUGCAAACAAUGCCAAAUCUCUGCAGACAUUGCGGUUGCCAAAGUGUGAAUUAAGCGACUCCGUAGUGGAACAGGUUGCAGGAACAUUUUCCAACAUUACGUUUUUGGAUGUAAGCUACUGCAUAAAAAUAGGUGCAAGAGCCCUGGAAGCCAUUGGGAAGCACUGUAAAUGUCUGACUGGUUUGCGCCGAACUAUGCACCCACUCGAGGUUAUCGACAAGCUCUCACAAGAUGAUGAAGCCCUUGCAAUUGCUACAUCGAUGCCUAAGCUCAAACAACUGGAAAUUGCUUACAUGCUGGUUGGCACAUUGAGCAUAUCAGAGGUUCUUCAAAACUGCAGGCAGCUCGAGCUGUUAGACGUAAGGGGUUGUUGGAAUGUGAACCUUGAUGAGAACUUUGUCAAGAAAUUCAAUAAGCUAAAGGUUGUCGGACCCCUUGUCGUGGAUUACUAUGAUAAGAAUGGCUGGGACAACUGCUCGGACUAUUCAGGUUCUUCUGGUUAUAUACCAUGGGACUUCGUGGCUGGUGACAUUGAUGAUGACUUUGACGAUGAUGAGAUGUCUGAUGGCUACUGGGAAGACGAGGAACAUGUGGAGGAUGUGGAAAUGUGGUUUUACGAUGACUUAAAUGCAGUGGAUGCUGGAUAUGAUUGGCCCCAAUCUCCUUGAGGUUUGAUGAACUAAGUUCUGAUUCAAUUUCCAGAAGCUUUUCAUAUACUAUAUCUUGUAUCUGCUAAUGACUCUGCCUAUACUACUAUCUAAAUGAAAGUUUGCUUGCUUUCGAAGAUGUAAAUGUGAUUUCUGUGUUCAUCAGAUUAUAUGUACUCCGCGGAAUCAUAUAAUAAAAAGUUGUCAUUGUAUCAAUUGAUUGAGUUCAACUA